AUGAACGCUUCACCCGACGAGGGAGGCUCCCAACAACCAGAUAUCCGUAUUCGCAUCAAUGCAAUAGACCAUAUCAUGGCCGAACCUGGGCCUUUGGACGACCCAGGUAACGCUCAAGGCAUCGUCGCAAGAAGAGUUCCCGUCGUCCGCAUCUUUGGAACGACGUCUGGUGGCGAAAGGGCAUGCCUUCACGUGCAUCAGGUGUUUCCGUACUUUUACAUCUCUUACGAAGGAUCCCUCAAUCCCGAGGCUGUCAACCGCUACAUCUCACGUCUCCAUCACGCACUAAACUCUGCGAUUGCCAUCUCACUCAACCGCAACCACCAGAACGCACUCGGCCAAUUCGUACGAGCCAUAGUCCUCGUCAAGGGAAUUCACUUCUACGGCUUUCAUGUGGGCUACUCGCCAUUCCUGAAGAUUAUGCUCACAAUUCCGGAUCAAAUCAGCCGUGCGAUACUCAUUCUGCAAUCUGGAUCUGUGAUGGGACGCAAAAUGAACGUUUUUGAAGCACACCUCAGCUAUCCCCUCCAAUUCAUGUGUGACUUUAACCUCUACGGAUGUGAUUGGGUCGAUUUACGGGACGUCCAUUACCGAACUCCGCGGAACAGUGACGACAUUGAACAGCCACUUUAUCAUCCAACCACUUCGAUGCCUUUGGAGUUUGACGUAGCCUCGUAUAACAUCCUCAAUCGUCAUAGAGUGAGCGCGCGACAUUUGCACCAUGAAUUGCAAGUUCCUGCUCCAGAGACGCCGGAAGAGCACCUCGUGUCUUCUGUCCGUGAAUUAUGGGAGGAUGAGAAACGGCGCCGCAUCGCCAAGGGCCUGACGCCUUCCCCAGAGAUCCCAUCUUUCAACCCUUCCGAUAGGAUGUUUGGGGGAGAGUGGGCAAUGGAACCCAUUCUUACCGCGGAACUACAGAACAAGAUACGACUUGACUGUGAUCAAGAACCACCAGCCAAGUCACAGACAUGGGAACAAUGGGUGAUGACCACAUUUGAGAGCGUCCAAGCACUUUGGGACAAGCCCCACAAAACUUGGAGGCCUGCAGGGGAGAGAAUAGGCACGUCCACAACACAGAAUCCGUUCGAUCGUACAGAAGCACAAGAUUUCAAGCAAGAGACACAUGGCGAGGUAGACACCAAACUUCUUCGAUCCCAGUCCUUUGAAGCACCCAAUUUGGAGCAAGGAGACGAAAUCAGCUGGGAACAGUGGCACCAUGAACAAGAGGCACCCAUUGAUCCUGUGAUUGAUGACCCUGAGUAUGGUCCCCCACCAGAGAUGCAUUGGGAGACGUCUGGACCAUUGCCACAUCUAUCCGCAGUCAAAAACAGUGACCUAAUGCUUCUGGCUCAACCAGGUAUUGACGCGGUUUCUCCAGAGGGAUCCGAUGAGGAUAGGUCACGUACUCCGACGCCAACGCCCAGAGGCCAGAAUGAUAAUUGCACUCGCUCAUUACUUGAAAAACGAACCUCUAACUCCACAAUCACCACAGCUCAAGUCAUGAAGAACAAAUCUGAAAUGGUUACAAACACUGUCGUUCCUGACCCGGCCAAUGCAACUGACGAUAGUCAGUCGACACCUACUCAGAUGCCAAGGAAGCUGCCUUUAGCUGGUAACGAAGUCUCUGGAGUCCUCCGAGGAGAUAUCGCUUCCUCUGUCUCUUCAAAGAAAGGCGCCGAGCACUGGCCGAUAACCAGAACGCUCAAAAGCAGCAAGACCGCCCUUGAAUACUCACCUCUACCACCAACGUCGCAAUUCCUUCUUUCAAGGUUGGCACCACUCGGUAUCCCACAACAAGAGUAUCGCGAUCCCUACUACUCUAGAGCCGAAGACGUUCCUGAUUCCGCCAAGGAGUAUGGUGGACUUCAGUUUCAUCUACGUGGGGACGACCUUCCCGAGUGGUUGGAUGCCGAUGAUGAGGGAAAAUCGAUUGUUCGAGUACCUAUCGAGCCCGCGGUUCGAUCUGGAUGGGAAUAUGCUGGAGCGCCACCAUCGCGUCGAGAAACUAAGCGUUGGUUAAUACAAGAACGGAUGAAGGAUCCCCCCGAUAAACGAAAAUGGCAAUCACAACUUGAAGGGGCAACACAGCGUGGCUCGUUUGUUGGUCGACUCAAGCCGACAGCGUCGAAGAUGUCUGAAUUCCAAUCCCUCUCAAUGCUUUCCCUGGAACUGUUUGUGGCGACUGAUCGAUCGGCUUACGAUCCGGAAGAGCACGAAAUCGCAGCAAUAUCUUGGUGUUUCUACGAUGGAGGCGUGCAGGAAGGAGAUCAUGAUCGAAGGGCCUCGUAUGAGUCCGGGGUUCUCGCUGCUAGGAAUUCCAACUUUAAUCCAGCUCGAUUGCGUGACCUCAAGUAUACAGUAUACGAGGACGAGGCAGAUCUCAUAAAUUCCAUGAUCGACGAAGUUCGCUCUCUGGAUCCCGACGUACUGUGUGGUUGGGAGGUCCAAGCAAACUCCUGGGGAUACUUUAUGGCACGAGCACAGUCCUACGGUGUUGAUGUUCGAGAGCUCUUGGGUCGUGCCCCAAGGAAGCGAUCCGGAGGUAAUGUUGACAAUUGGAGCACUCGCCAUACCUCCAGCCUGAAAAUUGCUGGUCGUCAUAUUAUCAAUACGUGGCGUGUCAUGCGCUCAGAACUCAAUCUCAACUUUUAUACGCUCCAUAACGUGGCUCGACAUGUCCUUAAACAAAGGGUACCUCGAUACACCAACGCUACUCUCAACCAAUGGUUCUCUGAGGGCACUCCAGCCGAGGCAUCUCGUGUUCUAUCCUACAUAGCCGACCUUGCUUCCAUAGUCCUCGAGAUUCUGGAUGAAACUCAAUUUGUUACUAAGACCUCGGAGUUUGCUCGUGUCUUUGGGAUCGAUUUCUUCUCGGUGAUCAGUCGAGGCUCCCAGUUCAAGGUCGAAUCGUUCAUGUUACGUAUUGCAAAGCCGGAGAGCUUCGUACUUAUUUCGCCGAGCAGAGCACAGGUCGGAAAACAAAAUGGCGCGGAAUGUAUGCCACUCAUCAUGGAGCCUGCAUCAGCAUUCUACAAGAGUCCUCUUCUUGUGCUGGACUUUCAGAGUCUAUAUCCCUCCGUAAUGGUGGCGUAUAACUAUUGCUAUUCUACAUGUCUCGGCCGUAUCAAAGACUUCAAAGGACAGAAUAAGUUUGGUGUUUUAGAUAAUCUGGAGAUCCCAGCAGGCACCCUGGAGAAACUGAAAGACCAUCUUACUAUUGCACCAAAUGGGAUGAUAUAUGUCAAGCCUAGUGUUCGAAAGAGUUUAUUGGCCAAAAUGUUAACAGAACUCCUCGACACGAGAGUGAUGGUCAAGCAAGGUAUGAAGCUUGCUGGUAACAAUAAGGCUCUCCUUCGGGUCCUUGAUGCCAGGCAGCUCUCUUUGAAAUUCAUUUGUAACGUUACGUACGGCUAUACCUCUGCCUCAUUUUCUGGAAGGAUGCCCGCGGUCGAGGUUGCCGACUCCAUCGUACAGUCGGGAAGAGAAACAUUAGAAAAGGCUAUUCAUCUAAUCGAAUCUACAUCGAAAUGGGGGGCCCAUGUCGUCUAUGGAGACACUGACAGUCUAUUUGUUUAUCUUCCAGGGAAGACCAAAGAACAGGCUUUCGUCAUUGGGAAUCAAAUCGCAAACGCUGUGACGGCAUCUAAUCCUUCACCGGUGAAACUUAAGUUUGAGAAGGUCUACCUUCCAUCAGUACUGCUUGCCAAGAAGCGAUAUGUCGGGUUCAAAUACGAGGAUCCUGACGAGAUCCAACCGGAGUUUGACGCAAAGGGCAUCGAGACGGUGCGCAGAGAUGGAAUUCCGGCGGGUCAGAAAAUGGUCGAGACAAGUCUCAAGAUUUUAUUCAGAACCCAGGACUUGAGCGAAGUAAAGGCAUACUGUUGGAGAAACUGGACCCGAAUACUCGAAGGACGGUUCUCCAUCCAAGACUUCAUUUUCGCCAAGGAAGUGCGGAUGGGUACCUACAGUGAUAAAGUCGCACCACAGCCUGGUGCUGCCAUAGCUGCGGCACGCAUGGCCGAAGAUCCAAAUGACGAGGUUCAAUACGGCGAGCGCGUGCGCUUCGUUAUCACUCGCGCUGCACCAGGACAACGCCUCAGCGAUCGAUGUGUUGCUCCAGAGGAGCUGCUGUUUGACGAGACUGGCAUGCAACUCGAUACGCAAUACUAUGUCGCGAACCGGUUGAUCCCACCUCUCGCAAGAAUCUUCAAUCUGGUUGGAGUUGAUGUACAAGGAUGGUUCGAUGAGAUGCCCAAGCCACAAAAGAUGGAAGGGCAACCCAAGCAAGCUUACGAUAUCGACACGCCAUUCAAGUAUACCGGGGGCAGAAAAGGUCCCAAAGUACAAAAGAUUGAAAGUCACUUUGCGAGCAACCUGUGCAUGGUAUGUGAAAAUAUUACGAAUGAAGAUGUCUGUCUUACUUGUCUCGCGGCCCCCGAGUCUACCAUUUACGAACUCAAGAGCCGUCUUCACACCGCUGAGCAAAAGCGAAACGAGUGCCAAAUUGUCUGUGCAUCGUGCUCUGGUGUUGCACCUGCCGAUCCAAUCCGAUGCGAAUCACUCGAAUGCGAAUGGUUGUAUUCCAGAGUCAAGUAUUCGAAAGAAGUCCAGAAGUUGGCGGUGAUUGAACAGGUUAUUGACGAGAUCUCAAAGAAAAGCAUGUAG